CCUGCUAACACGAAGCCUCUCUUCUUCUUUUUCUUCUUCUUCUUCUUCUUCUUCUUCUCCCCUGAAUCAAUUUCUCAAGUUUUACAUAUAAAAGGUUAUUACGUAGAAAAAAAAAUGCAGAGAGAAAGAGCACGCAGAAGUGAUUCCUUCGAUUUUGGCGAUCCUUUUGUUGAUUUCGGUGGCCACAGGAGUUUAGCGUCUAGCAUUUUUGGAGGAAGGGACCCUUUUGAUGAUCCUUUCUUCACAACUCCAUUUCAAAGCAUGUUUGGUCCAAACAUGCUCAGGCCAAAUGCGAUUCCCUUUGGAAAUUCAGAUAUGCAUCUUGUUGGAUUCUUGGAUAAUCGGGCCCCGCAGUCUAAUAAACCAAAGGGGCCGAUCAUCACAGAAAUUACUUCUGAAGAUAAGGAUGAAGAAGAUGCUAAAGCCAAAGGAAAGAGAGAGAAACCUAGAAUGCAUUCUAGCUCGAAGGAGCCAUAUGUUGAGGAUCCAGAUGAUGAAGUUCAGGUUCAGGAGAAGGCACAUAGUGCACGUCCCCAAGUUCGCAGUUACAGCUUUCACAGCUCUUCAGUUACUUAUGCCGGUGCUAAUGGGGCAUACUAUACUUCUUCCACAACCAGAAGGGCAGGCACUGAUGGGGUCACAUUAGAAGAGAACAGAGAAGCUGAUAAAACUACAGGUCAAGCCACACAUAAGAUAUCUAGGGGACUUCAUGGUAAGGGCCAUUCAAUUACAAGGAAGCUUAACUCUGAUGGAAAAGUGGAUACUAUGCAGACCUUACACAAUCUCAAUGAGGAUGAGCUUACUGGUUUUGAAGAGGCUUGGAAAGGAAAUGCCAGAAAGCACUUGCCUGGCUGGGAUCAGAGGCUCAUUGUGCAUGGAAAUCAGGGUGCUAGUAGCAGUGGGCAAGAUAGGCAGCGUGGAUGGGCUCUUCCAUAAUUCCACACAACAGCCAGGGAUGUCUGAGAGAAUGGGGUGGGAUGGUGUAGCCAGGCAACGGACAUCCAAGGGUACGUAGAAGUAAAGCAACUACCAGGAUAAGCAUAGACUGAUUCAAUUAUACCAUGACAGGCCGAGGAUUCACGAGUUACUUAGAUACCCUUGGUUAAGCUGUGAUCUAGUAGUCAUAUAUGUUGACUGGUAGAUUAUUAGAUGGUGUACUUGAGUUGUCGUAUACACUUCUAUGGGUUCUGCUGUGGUAUGCUGCACUUGAUAUAGUCAUAUAAGCUCAAUUUUCUGUUGAGUAUAAUGGAGUUAUAUAAAUUUGAGAGUUUUGGUUGUGAAGUCUAGUUGGAAUUACUAACAGGGGAAAAGAGAUUAACACGGUCCUGUGUCAAAUAUUGUUUCUGUUUGGGCAAGUUAUCCUAUCCAGUCAGGAUAUUUAUAAACAUUAAUUCGCCCAUUAUUUAUUUUAAAAGUUAUGUUCUCUCUCUCUCUCUCCAGGAUAGAGAUCCAUCCGUAAAUAUUUCUGGUUAAGUCUCAAGGCCGAUACAUCUAACGCUUUGCUCGUUUACUGGGAGAAGCAGCCUGCAGAUGGGUAUGGGUUUGAUAGGGACAUUUUCUUCCUCUCUGGUCAUUAAUCCAAUCCCAUGUGUCCAUUUCAGCUGCUUGCAGGCCUCAA